AUGUAUAUUGCCUUGGUCUUUGCUGGAUUUUCAGGGGUUAGCAUAGGUUUGGGCGUGUUGCUCGUAGGACUAAGAUUCUGGCUGUACAAAUAUGUCAAGAGGCAUAGAAAGCUGAGGCUCAGGAGGCAGUUGUUUAAGCGUAACGGAGGUCUUCUAUUACAGCAACAGUUGACUUCAAGGGAAGACAGAUCUGUGGAGAAAACAGUUAUUUUCACCUCCAAAGAAAUAGAGAAAGCCACAGAAAACUUCAGCUCGGAUAGGAUCCUUGGCCAAGGUGGACAAGGAACCGUGUAUAAGGGAAUGCUCCCUGACGGUCGGAUCGUCGCAGUAAAGAAGGCAAAGGCCGUGGACAAAGAUCAAGUGGCAGAGUUCAUAAACGAGGUCGUGGUUCUCACACAAAUAAACCACCGCAACAUCGUGAGUAUAUUUGGAUUUUGCCUGGAGACGGAAGUCCCUGUUUUGGUCUAUGAAUAUAUCCCCAACGGGAAUGUUUUCGAGCUUCUCCACGGUGAUGUUGAAGGUGGUCACACGGCUGCUAAUUGGGAACUACGAUGGGACAUUGCCAAAGACACCGCCCAUGCUCUUGGUUACCUUCAUUCGUCUGUGACGUGUCCCAUUUACCACAAGGAUGUCAAAACCGCAAACAUAAUGCUUGACCACAAGCAUCGUGCUAAGCUGGCGGACUUUGGAACUUCUCGAGUUAUCUCCGUGGACGACACCCACCUGACCACACCUGUGGUCUCAGGUACUCCCGGAUACCUUGACCCGGAGUACCACCAGUCCAGCCAGUACACGGACAGGAGUGACGUCUAUAGUUACGGUGUGGUUCUUGCUGAGCUCCUCACUGGAGAAGAACCUUACAUCCUCCAACCGCCGCCUCAACAUCCCAAGAAAUUAGCAAUAAACUUCCUCCGUGACAUGAAAGAGAAGCCACUUUUGGACAUCAUCGAUCCCCGAAUCAGAGACGACUGCGCUUUGGAUCAGGUCAAGGUUAUGGCCAAGAUUGCGAGGCUGUGUCUGAAUCGUAAAGGGGAGAAACGACCAACCAUGAGCAGUAUUAUAAUGGAGCUGGAGAGGAUUGGUUCCUCGCAUGGAGAUUCACAGGCACACCACAUACUGGAAACUGACGACGACGAAGACGAUGACGAGGAGCAAGCGGUCCAAGUUAGAGAAUCCUUCAACAUUGACGUGGCUUCCACUUCAGCAACCCAACCGGUCCAAGGUAGGGAAUCCUUCAACAUUGACGUGGCUUCAACUUCUGCAACUCAACCCAUGUUUCCUCGGCAAACAUAUUGA